AUGCUAUUAAUUAAAAGGAUAGAGUCAUGCAGGCAAUACUCGAGUACCGUGUUAUCCAGUAUACUCAAGUCAAAGAAGACCAGUAUAUUACCAAAACACCCUAGUAAAGGUCAUGCCAAUCAUGUAUGCGAACCUGCAGUGACUAGGUUUGCUCCAUCACCAACAGGUAUGCUGCAUUUAGGUUCAUUGAGGACUGCACUUUAUAAUUACCUGCUAGCGAAGAAGACUGGUGGUAAAUUCAUUCUGCGAAUUGAAGACACUGACAGAUCGAGACUUAAAGAUGGUGCAAUGGAUAAUAUUUAUAACUCACUAAAAUGGUGCAAUCUAAAAUGGGAUGAAGGCCCUUAUUUACAAAGUGAAAGAACAGAUAUAUAUAGGAAACACAUCAACCAUUUAAUUGAGACAGGAAGAGCAUAUCGAUGUUUUUGUACCAAAGAGAGAUUAGAUGAUUUAAGACAGUCCGCACUGCGGUUAGUGCCACCAACGAAUGUGAGCUAUGAUAGACAUUGUGCACAUUUAAGUGAGGGGGAAAUCAAGUCCAAGCUUGAUCAAGGAAUACCAUUUACAGUGCGAUUUAAAGCUCCUGAGAAGUAUCCCCCAUUCGAAGACUUGCUGCACGGCAAGAUUGAUUUACAACCACAGCAAAACCCAUCCGAUAUUCGUUAUGAUGACCCAAUACUUAUGAAGUCAGACAAUUACCCCACAUAUCAUUUGGCAAAUGUAAUAGAUGACCAUGACAUGAAAAUAUCUCACGUAAUCAGAGGAGAGGAGUGGUUGCCAUCUACACCAAAACAUAUAGCACUUUAUGAGGCAUUCGGAUGGGAGCCUCCCAAGUUUACUCAUUUGCCAUUAUUAACAACCACAGAGGAUAAGAAGUUAAGUAAGCGCAGGAAUGACAUGUCAGUUAUGAGUCUUAAAGAGCAAGGCAUACUCCCGGAAGCUCUUGUAAAUUUUAGUGUCUUAUUUGGCUGGUCACCUCCCAGAGAACUAGCCUCAAAAAACCACGAAUGCUUUACACUACAAGAAUUUGAGAAUCUCUUUGAUCUUGACAGCUUGACCAAAGGAAAUGCAAAAGUGGACAUGAAAAAGUUAUGGUUCUUCAAUAAACAAUUUUUAGGAAAGAAACUAGAGGAUCCAACAUUCAUCGAUGCAGUACUUCCGACAAUUGUAAAGACAAUAAAGGAUAAAUAUGGAAACGUUACAGAGUUAGAGGAAAAAGUGAAAACAAUUCUUAUAGAGAACGGUAAAGUAUUAUCGAAUAUUAAUGAGUUCGAUACUGUGUUUUACUAUUUCUUUGAGAAACCAAACUUUGAGAGCAAUGAACAAUCACAAGAAUUUCUAAGCAAAUACGAUAAUAAAGUGGCUAGUACUAUACUUCAGUACACCCGUUCCAUACUGUCUGAAGGUUCACUUACCAAAGAUUUGGUAAAUGAUCUGUCAUCGAAAUUCAAUGUGCCAAAGAAAACCAUUUUCCAAACAUUAAGGUUCGCCCUAGCCGGAUCCCACCCUGGUGCAGCAGUUCCAGUACUUUUCAAAGUCUUGGGCGUCAGCGAGGCUCAGGAAAGAAUUGCUAAUGCAAUCCAAAUACUAGAGCAAUAG